AUGUCCGCGAAGGAGUUCACCAUGCAGGAUGUUGCUGAGCACAACACCUCCAGCGACAUCUACAUGGUUGUUCACGACAAGGUCUACGACUGCACCAAGUUCCUCGACGAGCACCCCGGUGGUGAGGAGGUCAUGCUCGACGUUGCCGGUCAGGAUGCCACCGAGGCUUUCGAGGAUGUUGGCCACAGCGAUGAGGCCCGAGAGGUUCUCGACGGUCUUCUCGUCGGUGAGCUCAAGCGUCUGCCUGGUGAUGAGGGCCCCAAGCGCCAGAUCGCCAACUCGAACCAGGGCAGCGGCAAGUCUGAUCCCGCCGGCUCCAGCUUGAACACAUACGCCAUUGUUGUCGCCGUUGGUUUCAUCGCCUACGUUGCCUACAACUAUCUCCAGAAGCAGCAAGAGGCUCAAGGCCAAGCCUCCGCAUAA